CGGAUGAUACCCCCUCUCACAGUUUUUCCCAUUCCCUUUUUUUAUUUUUAUUUUUAUUUUUGCGUCCUCCUCUUCUCCUUCCCUCCCUCACCCUACCAGCACCACAUCACUCUCUCUCUCUCUCUCUCCCUUCUCAACCCUCUAAUCUAAUUCCCUCCCUCCCUCCCUCCCUCCCUCUAUUAUCUAUCCGAGAGUACAGUAAAGCUCCUCUGUUUCUGCGGAUAUUCAGACCCAGCUUGGUUUGCGGGCGACGGAAGAAAACAACGCAUUGGCAAUCCCUCUCGGUUUCCAACUCCGCCUCUGCCAUGUUGUCUGCCGAGGAGACUCGAGUUCUUGAAAUCCUUGCUCGGCUGCCGCAACUUAUCUUGGAAUCUGAGGUCCGCUCUUUCUUACCGUCCGCCUGGGGCUGUAAGCGGAGGAGAUCUGCAAUUGACCUUCCCUCUAAUCAGUCUCAUUCUCUCCGUCUCCGUCUUCGACUUUCCAGGACGCCGUCGCCGUCGCAUCCCGCUGCUAAAGACGGCGUUGCCCAUGCGUCCGACACCGAUAGUUUGCCGGCGGUCAAGGCUAAUGCUCCUAGUCCUGCUACCCCUCUUUCGUUUUCGCCCAGUGAAUCUGACGAGAAGCCCGUCGUUUUGAAAAAGAAACAAUCUCGGAAAAGGAAGAGAGAUGACUUUUUGAGGACGAUAGAAGAAUUGACGAGCAGCAAACAGUUGCUUCAAGGGGUAACUUCCCCCCCCCCCCGGUUAUUUACUAUGGAGGUAGAUAAUGUGAAACGUUACCUCGACGAUCUGAUUGCCCACAAUUUGAAGUUGAAGGCACGGAAAGAAGAGUUAAGUGUUGGUCGUCAAAGGGAAAAUCCCUCUGUGAAAAUGGGCUUGCAAAGAGUCGAUGCUCCGGUCAAGACGUCUUCCAUGGCUGAAAAUCAAGAUCCUGAUCAGCGUCAUCAGCAGGCGAAGCGAAUCGCCUGCCAAAUGGGCGAGUCUUGUCAACCAACGACGUCGUUGCCAUCAAUUAGUGGAUCAGGCAUGGUCGCUAACACCAGUAUGGGUCCGUUUGGAAUUCCCGAUCUGAACGUCUCUCCCGACGACUCCAUGCCAGUCGAUUGUUCUCAACCCUUUGAUCUAAGUUUGGCUAACAAACAUCUCAGUAGGGUCAUGGCAGCUAAGGCAAGGCAGAACAGGAUUAUGAUUAAAAGGGUUAAGAAUUUCAUAGUAACCAGUAAACCACGUUCCUCUGGGCUGCAGUAGAUGAAUUUUCUCUUUCUAUUAUUAUUAAUUAUUUUUUCUCUUAUCCCAUUUGUUGGUUUUACAGUUUGCCCUUAAUUAGUCGAUGACUUGGUGCGGAAGAAAUUGUUCUCAUUCUCAUGAUAUACUGAUAUUUGAUAGGAUCGCGACUGUAAAAUUUGUAGAAUAGAGAUGUUCUCUGCGGAAUAUUUUGUUCGAUUUGCGAUGUGCUGGUGACACUGAUUAAUGAUCGAUUUGAAAAUAAUAUAUAUUAUUUUUAACCCUA